AUGGAACGUGCAACAAAGAAUCAUGUACCAUUGAAUGAAAUCGAAGGGAUUGCAUCAACUAAUGUUCCAGCAUAUUCGAACAGGAACAGUAGUAUAUUUAACAUAGGGCGUCAUUUCGUUCAUGGAAUUUAUACUGGUUAUAAAUGGCAAUGUGUGGAAUUCGCUCGCCGAUGGUUAUUAAUGCGUAAAAGUUGUAUAUUUCGAGAGGUUCCUGCAGCUUGUAAUAUUUGGAGUGAUGUACCACAUAUCGAACGAAUUACUGACGGAAAACAAUUUCCUUUACGUCCGAUUGCUAAUGGUACUGAAGAACCCCCUAAAAAGGAUUCAAUACUAAUUUAUCGUCGCAGUCUAGCGAUGCCUUUUGGACAUGUUGCUAUCAUAACUGAUGUUGUACCGGGUUAUGUUCAUAUUGCUGAACAGAAUAAUUUAUAUAAUUACUGGCCCGGUGAUUAUGCUCGCCGAGAACCAUUACGAUUUGAAAAUGGUCUUUAUUAUAUUGAUGAUCAACAUAAAAUUUAUGGUUGGAUGGAAAUUCAAUGUAAUGAUCAAUUACAUCUAUUUGAUGAAGUGGAUAAAGACAAAAUUCUUCAGCAAUACAUUUAUCAGGAACCAAUUGGACUAUUGCGACGCUUAUUCUGUUCAAAGAAGAAUAAAGAUUCGGGUAGAUGA